UGAGUAAAGAUAAAGCCGUCUUGGAUUUUAUGUUUCAAGAACAAGAAGCGCAGAAACCACAAAGGUAAAUAUCAAGAAACAAGAACUCUGAUCAAGACAAAGGUUUUGUCUCCACUGAGGGUCACACUCUUUUCUUCUUCGUUCUUGAUCAGAUGGGAUCUACACUCCACCCUGACUGGACAGAAUUGAUUCGAGAAUGUCUCAUCGACAUCUUCUCACGGUUAAGCAUGGGGAAACGAUGGAACGGACCGAUGCUUGUCUGCAAGAAGUGGAUGAACGUUUGCCAAGACACGUCCCUCAACACUAUCUUGGAUCUAGAAGCUGAGUUUCUGACCUCCACCGAUACGACCUACUGGUGGAGUCCUGAGUUCGAGGAAAAAGUUGACACAACCAUCCGGUCUGUUGUGGAUCAGAGCCAGGGCGAACUCAGGGAGCUUCGAGUCAGGCAUUGUACGAAUCAGUCUCUCUCCUACGUCGCCGAGAGGUGUCCUAAUCUUGAGGUACUUUGGGUUAAGUACAGCCCAAAGGUUAAUACUGAGUCUAUGAAGAAGAUUGCAUUAAAAUGCACCAAGCUUAAAGAGCUUGAUAUAAGCUGCUCUUAUGAAAUAUCUUGUGAGUGCAUGGAACUAGUUGGUACAAACUGCAAGAAUCUUCAGGUCCUGAAACGGAACUUGAUGCAGCCUUCAGAGGUGGCAAGGUUAAGGCGUUAUGCCUACGUGAAGAAGCAGUAUCUAUCUGUUGAAACUUUAGGAAACGUUGAUGCGUAUACGAUUGGGAGACACAUGCAUCAGCUGAAGCACCUGGAACUUCGAAACUCCACAUUGACUGAUAAAGCUUUUGCUCAUCUUUGUAAACGAUGUUCGAAUCUUGAGUACUUGGACUUGGUCGGGAGUAGGUAUCUGACCAGCGUUGGUGUUGCUAAUGGUACCUCGAGCUUGAAGAAUCUGAAGGAGAUCAAGAAACCAGAUUUUGCAGCCACUCUGUUCUACUAGUUGAACACAUAGUUUUGUUAUUUUGUUGGCUGAGUUUAAGCAUUUUGGUUUUCUAUUCCUUUUUUUCAUGACAUAUACUCUCUUUGCUUAAAAAUAAUCAUAUCCUCUUA